AAGCUUUCCGUGACGUGGUUCAGCCAAGCAGCCCUCAGAAUCGUGUAGUCACCGUACGGGGCUAGCAUAAACCGGGUUUAUAAUAAGAAAACAUCCAAAGUAUCCACCAUGUCUAUUAUGUCCUAUAACGGUGGAGCCGUAAUGGCUAUGCGGGGGAAGAACUGUGUGGCCAUCGCAGCAGACCGGAGAUUUGGCGUCCAGGCUCAAAUGGUCACAACAGAUUUCCAGAAGAUCUUUCCCAUGGGAGACAGGCUUUAUAUUGGCCUGGCUGGACUGGCUACUGAUGUACAGACAGUAUCCCAGAGGCUAAAGUUCAGGCUGAACCUCUACGAGCUGAAAGAAGGGCGCCAGAUCAAGCCCAAAACCUUCAUGAGCAUGGUGUCCAACCUGCUCUACGAGAAGAGGUUCGGGCCAUACUACAUCGAGCCCGUGAUUGCUGGCCUCGACCCCAAGACGUUCGAACCCUUCAUCUGCUCGCUGGACCUCAUCGGCUGCCCCAUGGUCACCGAGGACUUCGUCGUGAGCGGCACCUGCUCCGAGCAGAUGUACGGCAUGUGCGAGUCUCUGUGGGAGCCCGACAUGGAGCCUGAGGACCUGUUUGAGACCAUCUCCCAGGCCAUGCUGAACGCCGUGGACCGUGAUGCCGUAUCCGGCAUGGGGGUGGUUGUACAAGUCAUUGAGAAGGACAAGAUUACCACACGCACCCUGAAAGCCAGGAUGGACUAGAGCCCUUCUACUCCGCAGCCUCAACGACUACCCGAUUUGUAUAAAAUACCCCAUGCUUGUAUGUUUUUUUGUUAUUCAUAUUGGUCAAUAAAAGACCUUUGGGCCAAUUAUC